UUGGUGGGACCCAUACAUAGGAAAGGCAACAGCAUAAAAGGACCAAACUCGCUUGAACUUAGACACCAUUCUGGUUCUGUCCACUCAAUCUUUGAUUUUCUGUGAAGAGCAACGUCAAUGGCUACUUUUGGCGCGCAAGGUGUUCGUCCUCCUCCAUUGACAUCCACCUCCGAUCAACCUCCUCUUUUUGACGGCACCACCAGGUUGUACACCAGUUAUGGUUGCCCCUAUGCACAACGUGUAUGGAUCACUAGGAACUACAAGGGGUUACAAGAAAAGAUCCAUUUGGUCCCCAUAAACCUUCAAGACAGGCCAGCUUGGUAUAAGGAGAAAGUCUACCCUGAAAAUAAGGUGCCAUCAUUGGAGCACAAUGGCAAGGUUCUGGGAGAAAGUCUUGAUUUGAUCAAGUAUGUAGAUGUCAACUUUGAAGGGACACCUUUGUUUCCCACUGAUCCUGCCAAGAAAGAGUUCGGUGAGCAAUUGAUAUCCCAUGUUGAUACAUUCACCAGAGACCUGUUCGUUUCAUUGAAAGGAGAUGCUGUACAAGAAGCCAGUUCUGCUUUUGGAUACUUGGAGAAUGCUCUUGGUAAAUUUGAUGAUGGGCCAUUCUUGCUUGGUCAGUUAAGUUUGGUGGAUAUAGCAUAUAUUCCAUUUGUUGAAAGAUUUCAAAUUGUCUUUGCUGAGUUGUUCAAACAUGACAUCACAGAAGGAAGGCCUAAGAUUGCAAUAUGGCUUAAGGAGCUGAACAAGAUUGAUGCUUAUACAGAGACAAAAGUCGAUCCACAGGAAGUCAUUGAUCUUUUCAAGGAACGUUUUCUGCCUAAACAGUGAAUGCUUGAUGCUUCAGGCUUCCGCUAAGAUUUAGACUCUGCCAAUAAAGCGUUAUCUGCAUUGAUGGGAGCACAGGAUGCAUCUUCAAUCAAGUUAUCUGUGUUUAGACUAUGCCAAUAAAGCGUCCUCUGCAUUCAUGGCAGCACAGGAUGCAUCUUCAAUCAAAUAUCUGUGUUUAUUUGCUAGAGUUGCACGAGUGUUUGAUGUGAUAAUUAUGUUCAUUUUUCAGCUUGUUUGUUUGAUGUCAUAAUAAGGUUUAUUUACCAGCUUAUAAUCACGGUUGAUUAUAUUCUACAAUUAUCCUAUGUUAUAUUACGUAGUAAGCUUUGAUCUAGUGUUAUGAAUGUUAUAUCACGUCCUAAGCUUCGAUCAA